AUGGACGGAAUCAAUUCGUUCGACAUUGAGAUGAAUCGCAUGAACGGGGACGGUCUUCACUUCCUCGCAAGAAACGUCCCCAACACGGUUCACUCUCUCAAUGUCUUCCUCCAGGACUUACCCCCCGGGGACGACUACUUUCUCCUUUUCGUCAAUUCGACGCACGGAGUCUUGCACACCACGUCCAAGAGAUUCUCGGUAGUCUCUUCAGACAGCGGUGCAGCCCCUGACUCCAACGCGCCGACUGUAACAAUAAGCGGCGCACCAAACCCUUCGCAAGCAUUUGCGACGACCUACGCUGCCGUUCCCAACGGUGCCCACGACAUUGGGGUGCCUUUGUUGGGCAUGGCAGCCUUGCUCUUUGGAGGGAUAUUCGGCAUCUUGUGCACACUGUAG